GGGGUGAACCGACACUUCCUAGCCGCCUAGCACCAAAGUUGAGAAGUUGAGAUGGUCCUCCUUUCUGUAUUUCGUAUAUAUACAGAAAGAGAAUAAUAUAUAAAUCCAUUCAGAUAAGAUAAGAGAAUAACGUAAAAGCAUAGCGUUUUCUUUUCAACAUGGCAAACUUAAGAGCCCAUGUAUGUUUCUUGCUUUCCUUUGUAACCUUUCUCAACCUGAUUAGCUGCCACACCAAUCUGCCUGCAAACCAUGUUGCUUUGUUCGUCUUUGGUGAUUCGCUUUUUGAUCCCGGAAACAACAACUAUAUCAACACAACUUUUGAUUUUCAGGCAAAUUUCAGGCCAUAUGGUGAGACAUUCUUCAAGUACCCUACUGGGAGAUUUUCGGAUGGGCGUCUGAUUCCAGAUUUUCUAGCUCAAUUUGCUGGGUUACCAAUAAUUCCAACCUAUUUACAGCCUGGCAAUCAUAAAUUUACAGAUGGUGUCAACUUUGCGUCUGGAGGAGCCGGUGCUCUUGUUGAAUCUCAUCAAGGAUUUGUUGUAGACCUAGAAACUCAAAUAAGAUAUUUCAAGAAAGUUGAGAAAUCAUUGAGACAAGAACUAGGAGAUGAAGAAGCCAAGAAAUUGUUGUCCAGAGCUGUUUACUUAAUUAGCGUAGGUGGCAAUGAUUACUUGACCCGAAACUCAAGUGCCUCAGAUGAAGAGUAUGCUUCCAUGGUGCUUGGCAACCUGACUGUUGCUCUCAAAGAAAUAUACAAGAAAGGAGGGAGAAAGUUUGGGUUUCCUAAUAUGAUGCCGCUGGGUUGUUUACCAUACAUGAAAGCAAAAGCAGGGGGUCCUUGCAUUGAUGAAUUCACAGCAAUAGCAAAACUGCACAAUAAAGAACUUCCCAAAACCCUCCAGAAGCUGGAAACCCAGCUUGAAGGGUUCAAAUAUGCCUAUUAUAAUUUCUAUAAAUCUGUUAGUGAAAGAUUGAACAACCCUUCAAAAUAUGGUUUCAAGGAUGCAACAACGGCAUGUUGCGGCUCUGGUCUGUACGGAGGAGUUUACAGCUGUGGAGGGAAGAGAGGGAUAACAGAGUUUCAUUUAUGUGAGAAUCCCAGUGAAUAUUUAUUCUUCGACUCCUACCAUCCCUCGGAAAAGGCUUACCAGCAAUUUGCAGAGCUGAUGUGGAGUGGAACUACUGACUUCGUAUGGCCUUACAAUCUCAAAACGCUAUUUGAAGCCAAGACAUCAAAUCUUUAUGACCAUUUCAUAAUUCCACCGCCGUAGAAAGAAUUAACGAUUCCAUUGCUGCUUCUGAUGGAAUUUCUUUCCUCCGAUCCGUUUGGACAAAUAACAUAUCUGGGAGCCAUGCUCUUGCCAACUCUGGAACAAGGAACAUUGGAAAAGUUAGUAAAAGACGCAAGUUGUGUCUUCAAUAAUGACAACAGGAGCCCAUUUUAAUAUAAUUUAUUCAGUAAAGGAUUGAGCACAGCGGAAUGCAUGAACUUGCGAAAUCUUUGUCUUGACUUUCUUGUCCAAAUAUCCUGCUUUAGCCAUGAAAACUGACCGCUAUCAUCUCAUCGAUCUGUGAGAGGAUGGGCGGGCCCAUGAGUUUGUCGUUUUUUAUGCAUCCUUCAACACCUAGAAUCCGAAAGCUUGCUACGUGCUGGUCAUUGGAGACUUCUAUCACUGUUGUGCCGUGCCAGUGGCGGUCGUCAUGUGCGUUCCACAUGCCCGCCCAGUGCCCACUUUCAUGAUCAACUUUUUGCGAGCUCACCAUGUUUGAUCCCUACAGCUCUGCUUUUAUUUUUUAAUGAGUUUUUCCUUGUAAUCCUUAAUCUGAUGUUAUAUUUGUAUCA